AUGGUCUCGACACAAUACUUCAUAUUGGAAUCUAAGGACGAGGUGAGGCAGCGCGUGUUCAAGGGAAUUUCAGGAAGUAUCGCUGACUGCUAUGCGGCUCGGCAGGACAUCGCCAGCGGGCAGUACGCGGCCAUCUGUGACAGGAUCUCCAUGAAGAAGGCCAUGUCGUGGGACUUCAGCACCAGCGGCCAGUGUCACCUGUACGCGUCCCGAGACAACGUGUACACCAACGUGCCCGUCGCCAUGGCCUUCAGCAGCAACUCAACCUAUCGCGCCGGGGCAGACCGGAUCAUCUUUGCGGUGAAGGAGGCGGGGAUCCUGGACAAGUGGCUGGGCGAGCAGAUCACCAACACCAGCCAGUGCCUCCGCCCGCCCACCGCAGACCGCAGCGACGGCAUCACCCCGCUCAACAUCGAGGACAUGGCCGGCUCCUUCCUCAUGCUGGCGGGAGGCCUGGCAGCCAGUACAGCCGUCUUCCUUCUGGAGGUGACGGCCCCGCGGCUCUAGUGGGCGAGGGAGAGUGGGGAGGAAGGGACCAGGACCGUUUCCCCGCCUGUAGUGCCGCAGCUCUGAAGUUUGUCACCUCAGGACAACACUGGACGAACGUAGCCGAACAUGGAAGGCUGUACAGCCUUAUAUGCUCCAGCAAUAUGCACUUAUAGUUUUCAUAAUGUCAAAAGAAUUCACGUAUUCUGUGUGUGUGUG